AUGGUCGGAAAGGUUUCGGAGAGGGUUCUUCUCCGGGAAGGCCUCGAACGGACUGAUAAUGGCAUGAAGCUUUCCACCUGGCCGGAUGUGACGCCUAUCAACCAGAAGAAUUACUAUACAGACUAUAUGAAACGAGAUGACCAGAUCCUAGCACUACGACUCCAAAACGACGCCACGCGCGACAAGCUCGUUCAAAGUGCGCGCGACCGCGAUCGCUUCCUAUCAAAGCCUGCAAAUGGCGAGCUCUCGCUGCCCGUCCCCAACCUGGCCGACGACGAAGACGGCGCCGCGACACCUUCCGCCGCGACCGACCCCUCGCGCAUCAUCGUCAUCCACCCCGGCAGCCAAAACUUGCGCAUCGGCUUUGCGAGCGACGCCCUGCCCAAGACGCUCCCGACCGCUCUCGCCACCAAAUUUGCGCGCACCGAGGCCGACAUGUUUGAAUCCCUGCCGCGUCGCCAAUUCGAGGCCAAGACCGUGGAGCAGCAGUACGGCGAGGAGUGGUCGAAAAAGUACCAAAAAAUGUGCGCCGACCUCAAGAUUGAGAUGCGCGCCAACAAGCGCAAGGUGCUACCCAACUCCAAAGAGCUCGUGCAGACCUUUAACCGACGAACGGAACCGGAAAUCAUCCAGCAGCACAACGAUCCUUUGGAAGUGGAAUGGACCGACGUCAAGAAGCUGAAGAAAACCAACUUUGAGGCCGAGUGCUUCAUCGGCCACGAAGCCUUGCGUGUUCCCGACGACUCAGAUCCCAAGUUCAAAGUUUGGUGGCCGCUUCGGUACGGCUUGUGGAACGAAGAUGGUUACGGGAGCCAAGAGCACCUGUACGACGACUUUGAGACACUCCUCGACAAGGCACUACGACAAGAACUCGGCCUGCGGACGAACAGCGAGUGGCAGCAGUAUAGCUGUGUCUUUAUCAUCCCCGAUCUCUACGACAAGAAGUAUGUGGAACAAAUCCUGCACUCGUGCAUGACAUGGUUCGAGUUCAGCAAAGUCUGCUUUGUCCAGGAGAGCAUGGCGGCUACAUUCGGCGCCGGCUACACGCAAGCCUGCGUCGUCGAUGUCGGCGCUCAAAAGACAUCCGUGACUUGCGUGGAAGACGGUCUCUGCAUUGAGGACUCGCGCAUUUACCUAAAGUAUGGCGGCUACGAUAUGACGGACACGUUCAUCAAGAUGAUGCUGUACGACAACUUUCCGUACCAGGAGAUUAACCUGCAAAGGCGAUCCGACUUUUUGCUGGCCGAGGAGCUCAAGAUCAAGCAUUGCACCAUGUCACAGGCCGAAAUCUCGGUACAACUCUACAGCUUCCACGUGCGCGCCCCCAACGAACCGACCCGAAAAUACGCAUUCAAGACCUACGACGAGGUCAUUCUCUCGCCAAUGGGCGUCUUUGACCCCUCAAUCUUUGACAAUAGCACUAAGCUUCGUGGGAGGCGGAAGUUGAUUGAGCGCUCGUACAACUCGUACGAGGUGGAUCUGCCAGACGACCCUACCUCAGCUGCCCAGCUCGCCAUCCUCGCUCUCGUCCAGCCGUCACUUCUCUCCAACGAGUCCCAGUCUCAGGAGGUUUCCACGCCGAUGAAGGAGCGCCCUGGCUUCAGCUUCAAGAGCGACGCCAACGGUACACCCAUGGCCUCGCAUGCCGGUUCUCCCGCCCCCGAGGGCACUGGCACGCCAGCACCCUUUGUAUUUGGCGCCGGCAAGGACAUCAACCGCGACAGCCCCGUGCCCGGUGGGACCCCCAUGCCGGGCUCGCAGGCGCCUGGCGGCAUGUUUGUCGAGCCAUUGUCCCAGGAGCGCACCGCCGAGGACAUUGCAGACGAGCGCGAGGCCGUGUUGCCCGUCGCGCCGCUCGACAUUGCCAUCCUCACGAGCAUCCAAAACGCCGCUAAAGGUGACGACAAGAAGCUUCGCGACCUGCUCGGCAGCAUCAUGGUCGUGGGCGGCGGCGCCAAGAUUCCGCAAUUUACCGUCGUGCUCGAGGAGAAGCUCAAGGCACGCCGGCCCGAUCUCACGGAGCGCAUCCUCGUCAGCCGCAGCGCCAAGGACAUGGAUGAACAGGUCGUCGCGUGGAAAGGCGCGAGCGUCUUUGCCAAGCUCCCGGCCAAUGACUCGUGGAUCACGCCGUUUGAGUUUGAGCGCCUCGGACCCAGGACCCUGUACCACAAGGUGCUGUGGGCUUGGUAA